GCUAUCUCUUGUAAUUUCGAAGUGGAUUUCUGUGAAUGGGAAGAAAAGGCGAGCGAUGAUCUUCAGUGGAUUCGUGGUAAUGGCAGUAAUCUGCUGAAGUACAGCCCAAUGUAUGAUCACACUCUCAACGGCAAAGGAUAUUACUUGUUUAUCCACAAUUCAUCAGCCUUACACCCAAACCAGGCAGCAAGGCUCACAACGGUCCUCCAGACUGCCACCUCGGCCAAUCAGUGCUUAUCCUUCUGGUAUCACAUGUAUGGACCGAAAAUUGGAACGUUGAGUCUCAAGGUGCAGCAACAAGGCCAGCCCGACGAGCUCCUGUGGACAAAGACAGGGACACAUGGGAAUCAAUGGAGAUGGGCAUCUCAUACCAUCGCCCCCCAGAACAAGCACUUCCAG